AUGAAGCUUACCACGUACACGGUGGCCACCAUUCUGGCCUAUGCAUUGGCUCAGGCCGGCGCCCUUCCUUCUCCUCAAGAUGCCGGCACAGUCGCGUCCGAUACGCCGGCCGCUUCUACCGAAGAGCCCAUGUACUACGCCGACGAAGCCGACCUUGACAAACGCGACGGCCCUGUCCAGCACAAGAACUGGCAAAUUGACGGGAAAGCCCGGCCCUUCGUCGGGCACAACUGGAAGGGCAUGAACCAGGGUAAUCACGGUCCCAUGCCCGACGAUGACGACCUCACUCCCUACCUUGACCACCCGGACCCGACCGUCGCCGCCAUGGCCAGCAUCGUCCGCCGCGCGCCUGAGCCCGGAUUCACCAAGAUCAAUGGCAUAAAUUACAUCCAAGCACCCAAGUCGCACUGGUGGGAGUCCCAGAGCAACGGCGACGGCUUGAACCCCGUUGUCGGAGGGAACCCCAACAUUCGCAGCUACUUUAACGUCAAGGAAGAAGUUAGGCUGCCAAAGGGGCUGGGGAAGCGAGGCGCCGCCGAGGAUGGCCAUCGCGGCGGCCCUCCUGCUGGCUUUGGCCACGCCAUGGGCGGUCAGGGUCAAGGCCAGGGUGGGCAUGACGGCCCUCCUGCUGGCUUCGGCAAGGGUGAUGGCCAAGGCCAGCAUGCUGGCGGCCCUCCAGGCGGCAUUGAGCACGGACAGGGCGGACAGCCAUGGAAGAACCACGGCGGCGAAGGAUUUCGUGGCCACGGUCCGAUGGCUGAUGAGGAGUAA